CUACUCUGUCCUUCAUCUCAGAAGCUUGAAGAGGGGACCUUCACGCUCACUUUCUUUGUCAUCCUCAGGCAGUUCCACCAUGGACGAGCCUCACGAGCCUCUGGCCAUGACCAUACAUCUUCUUGCCAACCCUGGGCAUGGCUUACUUCUGCAACAGACGCUGGACCAACUCCUGCAUUGCAUUUGGCCAGAGGUCCGUCUCUUUCUGGUGUCAGAAAGGGUCAGCCCAGUGAAAUACGACGAGAAGUACCACCCCAGGCGAUCCCGGUUCCCAGGGAUGUCUGUUUUGCUCUUCCUGCACGAAAACCUCGGAGAGGAGCGGCUGUUUCGCGUUCUGGACUCCCUACAGCAUUCGCCAUGGCAGUGCUACCCCACCCAGGACGUGCAGAGGAGGCUGUGUCCCUACCUUCUUGCCAAUCAAGAGUUCUACAGCCUGGACAACCAGAUGCCUGUGUGGGGUGUGAGGCAGGUGCACUGCGGUACCGAGAUCCUGAGGGUGACUCUCUGCUGCAGUUUCGAUAACUACGAGGACGCCGUCAGACUCUACGAGAUGAUCCUGCAGAGAGAGGUCUCCGUGCAAAAGAGCAACUUCUGUUUCUUUGUGCUCUAUGCCACUGAGAGCUUUGCUCUGCAGCUCUCCCUGAAGCAGCUACCCCUGGGAAUGUCAGUGGACCCAACAGACUCCUCGGUGCUGCAGUUCCAGGUGCAAGAGAUCGGCCAGUUAGUGCCGCUCCUACCCCAUCCGUGUGUUCCCAUCAGUAGCACCAGGUGGCAGACUCAGGACUACGAUGGCAACAAGAUUCUGCUUCAGGUGCAGCUGGACCCAGGACUUGGCGUGAGGAAUGGCGAGCUGUCUUUCUUGAAUGGCGUCUCGGGAGCUGACAUGCUUCUUCAGGACUCAAGGCUGACACCAGUCUCUGCAAAGAGGAACUUAGAACUAAGAAGCCGGAGGAGCUGGAGAAGGCUCAAGGUGCAUUCUCUGGAGCUUCCUGAAGCCAGUGGGAGCCCAACACCAGGCAGCUCUAGUGGCACCUUGUGGAAAAGACCUAUCUGGUCAUCCCAGGCCAGCAGCCCAGCCACAGGGACCCAGCUACAUCUUCCUUCUCCCCACCUCGAACCUGGGGCUAGAAUGAAGGACUUCAACUGGGAGAAUAGCUUCCAGAAGCUUGAGGCAGAGACUAAUGUUGACACAGGGUUCACGGUCAUCAAUUCUGAACCCAAGCAAGCUGUUUUGAGCAGAUUUCCAAAGGAUUUGCAGCCAAGCCAGCUACCAUCUUGCUUGCCAAUUUCUUCCUCAAGGGUCACUACAUCCCCAAACAGCAGAGGCUUUAAGGAAAGAGUCCACCCUUUGUCGCUUGCUGACCAAAAGGACAUUGGUGCAAGGAAGAUAAGUUCAAAAUGUUCCCUUCAUCUGCCUGUCCAGAGUGAAGAAAAAGAAGAAGAAUUCUUCAUAUAG